AUGUCGAAUCCAAACUACCAUGGAGAUCCUACAGAUGUUUUCGAUAUGCAAUUAAUAGGAAACUUCUUGAGUUUCGCGUCUAGAGGGGAUAGAGUUGGACUAAAUCAGAUGCUAAGAAAUGGUAUAUCUCCUAAUGUACAAGAUUAUGACAAAAGAACUGCCCUUCAUCUUGCUGCCAGCGAGGGCCAAGCCUCCAUUGUUGAGCUUCUUUUGGCCUACAACGCUCAAGUUAACCUUCAAGAUAGGUGGCAGAGGACACCUUUAACAGAUGCAAGACUGUAUGGACAUCGAGAUAUAUGCAGGAUCCUGGAAGUCAAUGGCGGCAAGGACUCCACCAAUGAUCAUUCCAUGACGAUCCGCCGUGAAGAAGAUUCAUAUGAGGUGAAUAUUGACAUGUCUGAACUGAAGUUGCAGCAUUCGUCAAUGAUUGAACAGGGUUUGUUCGGUGAAUCUGAAAAGGUCAAGUGGCGAGGAACAUGGGUAGUGAAAACGAUAAUAAAAAGACAUAUAUCUCAUCCGGUGAAAAUGGUUUUGUCUGCCAAGGAUGACACUCUGCUUAAGGAACUUCGGCAUCCAAAUAUUUUACAGUUCCUUGGAUCAAGUGUGCACGACGAAGAGAUGAUUUUAAUUACGGAGUACUUGCCAAAAGGAAACUUGAAUGAUAUUUUGGCUGACAAAGUUCGUCUUGACGCUCAAACUGCUCUGCGCUAUGCACUCGACAUUGCCAGGGGGAUGAAUUACCUUCAUCAGCACAAGCGAUUCCCCAUAGUUCACAAUAAUUUGAAUCCCAGGAACUUGUUGCAAGAUGAAGGUGGGCAUUUGAAGAUCGGUGAAUAUUGGAUUCAAAUGCUUUAUGAGCAGAUUCACACAAAUCAAGACUCAAGACAAAAUCACGACAGCUUGCGAAGCAUUAACAUCGCCAGAAACGACCCCAAGAAAGAUGUCCAGUCUUUCGGUUUUUUACUGUAUCAGAUGCUUGAAGGGAGGCAUGUUAGUAACAUCGACACUGAAUGCAUGCUUGCUGAUUCAGAGAAGAAGUUCCAUUUAAGCCGUUGUCCCGGACGAAUUGUUCAGUUGAUAGAGAACUGCGUUAGCGAUGAUCCUUCCCUGAGGCCCUCAUUUGAAGGAAUCAUAGUGAUUCUAGAGGAAGUUUCAGUGUUGCUAGGAAAGGCUGGUUGUCCUGUUUGUUGA